GCGGCCUGCCUGCGAUUGAGCGGCUCCGUGCACAGGCGGGGAUUCACAGUUUUUGAAGUGUUAUUUUUGUUUUUAUGACGCAUGUUUUUGUCGUAGCAGUAGAUGAAGUUACUGUGGUCGAUAGGAGUCCACCCCCCUCCCCGUGCUGUUGGUACGGUCCGCGUGCAGUGUGAAAGAGCAGAAUAGAUUCUUGUGCGGACACGCACUGAGCGGGAGCGACGACAACAUGGCUUACUUUAACCCCGCAAGGCUUGUUGCCGUGAUUGAGUAAAACAAAGCUUUGACUGGACCGGAGCGACCGGGGAGCGCGCGAGGAGCUGAGGACCCCCUCCUGCUCGGGGACUGUGGAUUUGCUGUCACCUGCUUGUGUGGAAACGCGUAAGGGCUUAUCCGUGACCCCGGUAUUCGGAGGAGCACCCCACUAUCACGUUGGAGCCCGGACAAGCCUCCCUCCCGACUUCAUAUCCAUCACAUCACUUUUUACCGCCAGUAUUCCCGUCUGGCUUAACGGAGGAAAGUCCGCCUGAAACUUUCUGCGUUUGCAGCAACAAUUUGCAUUGAGUGGCUUAUGUUCGUCUUUUGGAGAUACCGGUGACCUCAUCACACCGUCCCACGCUGGCGCGUGGGCACCGGAGCGGGGAAACGAGUCCGCGGACCCCGCGGUGCUGUGGAUUAGCGGGUAUUUCUGUGACCAGAGCGACAUCCAGAAACACUCAGUAACUGGAGUUAUUUUUAGUGGAGGAAUGGGGUAAAGGCGGACAGAAACCUCACCCCCCCUUCCACCGCAGCAUGCUAGCCGAGCCCGGCUAGCACUGACCCGAGAUAGCACCCUGACCAUGUAGCCUUAACACGCUUGGAAUACCGGCAGUUCUGUGUUCCACUGGACAAGGCUCCCGUCAGUUCAGUUCUGGAUUAGGACUAAGGUAUGGAGGAAGGCUGGGCGGCGUGCUCCGGGAUGGCCAGCCUCUAGAGUCAACAUAUCAGAAACUGUGUCUAUGCCCUCUGCACACACACACUUUUUGCUUUAGGGCUUGGUGGAAAACACAAGAGUUUGUUGAGUUACAGAGACGCUCCAGGCCUUAUGAUGCAGCAAAGGCCCCAUCCCACAGCUGUCAGAGAACCCCACUCUCUCUGAACGCAUUCAACCCCCCCAGCUCCUAAACACCAUCUAUAUGUAAACUGAGAGGUCUAUUUCUAAAAUGUAAGCCCAGCUCAGACAGAUUUUUCUAUAUGUACCUCAGAAUUGUGCUGCCUGUAACCCGCCACUGCCUUAGAAGUCACAGAAAAGUCGAGGGAAAAACGAACAGACAAGAAGGUGCCUUGUGAUUAGUUUUUCUGUUCACCCCCCUCCACUUUGAUGAGUUGGAUGUAAAGUGCUGUUGUAAACUCUGGGAUUAAAGCACGCUGCUCCCCCUUGUCAGAGCUGUGUGAUGGACAGUGUUUCCCUUUUGGAGUAAACAUUGGAGUGGUUCCAUGGUGGUCACGUCAUCAUCCGUGGACGACAAGACUGUGCCGUCCAUCAGGAUGGUCCAGUCGGAGCCGUGGAUUGCCCCAGCUUUGCUUCGUAAGAACAAGAGUGUAAGCAGCUCAGGAUGCCCACCCACCUCCUCCUCCUCCUCCUCCUCCUCUUCCUCCUCCUCCACUGCCCAGGGCUUCUCCCUCGCUGAGCCAGCCAUGACCAGCCAGCACACUCAUACUCACCCCUCCUUCAGCUCCAUCCACUCCAUGGCCGAGCAGCAGCAGGUGCUGUCUGACAUGACCAUACUUCAGAGGAGGAUCCCCCCUAGUUUUAGAGACCCUGCCAGCGCCCCCUUGAGGAAGCUCUCUGUAGACCUCAUCAAAACUUACAAGCACAUCAAUGAGGUGUACUAUACCAAGAAGAAGCGGCGGGCACAGCAGGUUCCUCCUGAAGACAGCAGCACGAAGAAGGAGAGGAAAGUUUACAAUGACGGCUACGAUGAUGACAACUAUGAUUACAUCGUAAAGAACGGAGAGAAGUGGCUGGACCGCUAUGAGAUUGACUCUCUAAUUGGGAAGGGCUCCUUUGGACAGGUGGUGAAGGCCUACGACCACCAUGAGCAGGAGUGGGUUGCCAUCAAGAUCAUCAAGAACAAGAAAGCCUUCCUGAAUCAGGCUCAGAUUGAGCUGCGUCUGCUGGAGCUCAUGAAUAAGCAUGACACGGAGAUGAAGUAUUACAUCGUCCACCUGAAGCGUCACUUUAUGUUUAGGAACCAUCUCUGCUUGGUGUUUGAGUUGUUGAGCUACAACCUGUACGACCUGCUAAGGAACACCAACUUCAGAGGAGUCUCCCUCAACCUCACUAGGAAGUUUGCACAGCAGCUCUGCACAGCAUUAUUAUUCCUGGCCACUCCAGAGCUGUCAAUCAUUCACUGCGACCUGAAACCGGAGAACAUCCUGCUGUGUAACCCCAAAAGAUCUGCCAUUAAGAUCGUGGACUUUGGAUCGUCCUGCCAGCUGGGACAGAGGAUUUACCAGUACAUCCAGAGCAGGUUCUACCGUUCUCCGGAGGUUCUUCUGGGAAUGCCAUACGACCUGGCCAUCGACAUGUGGUCUCUAGGAUGCAUCCUGGUUGAAAUGCACACGGGGGAGCCUCUGUUCAGCGGCUCCAAUGAGGUGGACCAGAUGAAUAAAAUAGUAGAAGUUCUGGGAGUUCCACCUAGCCACAUGCUGGAUGCAGCUCCGAAAGCCAGGAAGUACUUUGACAAGCUGUCAGACGGACUGUGGACUGUGAAGAAGAACAAGGAUGUGAAGAAGGAGUAUAAGCCCCCAGCCACACGCCGCCUUCACGAGAUCCUGGGCGUAGAGACCGGAGGUCCAGGAGGACGGCGGGCCGGAGAGCCCGGACACGCCCCCUGCGACUACCUGAAGUUCAAAGAUUUGAUCCUCCGCAUGCUGGACUACGACCCCAAGAGUCGCAUCACCCCCUUCUACGCCCUGCAGCACAACUUCUUCAAAAAGACCACUGAUGAGGGAACCAACACCAGCUCCUCCACCUCAACAUCCCCCGCCAUGGACCACUCCCACUCCACCUCCACUACAAGCUCUGUGUCCAGCUCUGGUGGAUCCAGCGGUUCUUCCAACGACAACCGUAACUACCGUUACAGCAACCGCUAUUACAACUCUGCUGUUACCCUGUCUGACUACGAGAUGACCAGUCCACAGGGUCUGGCAGUGACAGUGGGGGUCAGGACCCAGCAUACACCCAACUGCUCCUCCACAAGCCAGCCGCUACCCAGCAGCACCAGCGCCACUUCUUGGACCCACCGCACCACCCCCACCCCACCUACUCGCACCACGGAAACAGCGGGCGGGGACUGAGGCAGGGUGGGCAAGCGGGAAUCGGCGGGGGUGGGGGUCCGCAGGGAUCCUCGCCCCAAAUGAGUGACAGCAUGGAUGUGGGCGUGUCCCUUGGGCUGCAUCACCUGGGGGCGGUGUCUUCCAUGGAGGGGUCUCAGUUCGGCUCCGCCUCCCUGCCCCUCGCUCUGCCCAUCGGACUCUCCGCCUUCCGGACUCGGACAGCCCCCACUGCUCAAGGGCCGCAAGCUCCACCCCCUGAGGACUACUACCCUGCCUCCAACAACAAUAACCCUGCUGGGGGGGGCAGGGGGCGGGCAGACUCAGACGAGGGCCCGGCCAACUCUUGAUAAACCCUGAAGCACGCCCUAAAGCCAUACACCUGACCCGGGUCCAGACUUAGAGCCGGAAGGGGGCGGUCUGUGUGCAAGCAUACAGUCUACUGCUUGUGAGGGGGGGCAGCCAGAGGAGGAUGCUGGGAGAACUUUCAUCCUCUUUAGUUUGUUGUUGGAGGGGGGGAGGGUUGUUGUUUUAGUCAUGUUCUUGCUUCUUUGGUUUGGUUUUCUGGGUGUGGGGAGCUGCUUGUUCUGUUGUGUUUCAGUCUGGAGAGGAUAAAGAGGUGGGGGUGGGCAGCAUGCUCUCGUCCUGCUCUUUGCUGCAGCUGGAGCUUGGUUGGGGGUCACGCGCCCCCACGCUACGUCGCCCAGACGCCACCGCAGCCGACUCUUCAGCUUGGCUUGGGUCCUCACCACCUCGCCGCCCUGAUGUCAUCACAGCGUGCGGAGCCGGGCAUGGACCAUACAGGCUCAGAGCAGAACUCCAGCAUGCGUGGAGUUCUGGAGGAAGACCCUCUGCUGCCGCUCCUCUUCACCCCCCGCUCCCCCUCCCGUGGUGUUUCUCCUCCAGACGGCUCCUCCUAUCUGUGCUGCUAAUCACCAUGACAACCGGUCCGGAUUGCUGCUAAAGAUCCACCACAGAUCAAUAAGUAGAAGCCGAAAAACGUUUGAACUGAGGAUCAAUAAGAACCACUGCAUCUCCAUGUAUUUAUUACUAUUUAACAAGAAAACUAACUGAAAGGACACUUUCUUUCUGCUCUUCUUUGUUUGGUUGCCUUCUUUCUGCAGGUGAGCUCUGAUUGGCUGUUGUAACAGUGUGACCGGUGACAUGGGAAUGCCACCGGUUUUGGGGGCUGGGUGGAGGGGAAGGGUGGGGCAAAAAAAAGUUGGAUAUAUAAUAAGAAUAAAGAGUAUACUUUUGCACACCAAA